GAAUAAAACAUGACUGAUCCGUUCCAUCGAGGAUGAGACAGAAGGCAUUGACGGCAUGACGUGAACUCCAAUCGACCACGCCGUCUCGUCUGUGAAGUCAGUAGUCAAUCUGUUGAGAACUUAGAUUAACUGCUAUUAUCACCACCCUCUCACAGUGAAGCGUGGAGGAGGCUGUAACUUGACCUUGGCUCUUAAUGGCUGUGUGACAAUAACGCUCCAUCCCACUGGCCUGUCUGCCCCUCUGUUGUGUCUAUUUAUAAUGUCCAGAUACGGUGCAGAGGUUACUCCGAGGUGUCAGUGAGUGCACGGCGACAGAGGGACAAAAGGUGUUGUUGUGGGUUUAUGAAGGGAAAACAUGCCAAAAGUCCACCAUGAGCAUUGUGACAAGUGCUUCAGCGCUCACUGUCAAGUCCUAGUGCAGACCUCCAGGUCCUGCAUGGUAACCAAAUGUCCCAAAAACUGUGGUACCGUCCUGCAUGCGUGCAAACGGGAGGAGCAUGUGCUUCUUUGUCCAAAUGAGACGGUCCCUUGUCUUAAUGCGUUCUAUGGCUGCCCUCUAACAAUGCAGCGACAGAAGCUGGCCAAACACUUAGAAGUCUGUCCUGCCAGCGUGGUUUGCUGCUCUCAGGAGUGGAACCGCUGGCCUGUUUCUGACACCAACGAGACCUUUUACAGGAGCGUGUCAGAAAAGCUUCAGUCAGACUCUGAGGUGAGCCUGGACGUCGCUUUGGCUCUCAGGGAUCAAGCCCUGCUCUUUCAGUCCAUCAAAAUGAAAUGCAUUUUCCCUGAAAUGAUGGCGGAUGAACUUCAGAUGUCAGCUUCAGGAGAGCUGUCGUGCUCUUCAGACUUCAGUGAAUUUACAGAGAAUGGCUGUGCAGAGGAGCUGGAGGAGAAAAAGGAAGAGGGGAGACAUGAUUUGGCAAAGAGCGAAGAAGUAGCAAAUAUUCAAAAUUACACCUCCUGGGAGAAGAUUUUCAGGAAGGAGAAGGAGGGAUGCAACCAAACUGUCAAAAACCUGAACAAGGAGACCAGAGGAAAGAAAGAGCAAGAAGCAUCAAAGGAUCAGGAGGGGCUGAGAGAUGCAGCUGAUAGAAAUGCUGUUGCUUCCAGAGGUUUGCACGGCAUAACCGGGCUCGCGCCAUGGCAAGACGGAGUCCUUGAUAGAUUAUGCAGAGAAGCCAACAUGGCAGAAUACAACAUGUACCUUGUGCACAACGGCUCAAUGUUGAUUAACUUUGGCCAGCUGGCUGCAUGCACCCCAAGGGAGAAGGAUUUUGUAUAUGGGAAUCUGGAGCCGAUUGAGGUUAAGACAGUCCGCUCAUACAAAGUUCCCACCAGCUACAGAGCAAAGCGCGUUCACCUGGAGAAUCCUGCAUGCAAGGCCAAGAUCAGACACCAGAGUGUUGACACCACAGAUCUGGGCUUCUCAGUUGAGGAUCUUCCAAAAUCGGAUGAGAUUGGCUCGGCGCUUCUGUGCUCCAUGGAAAAGGAGCUAAAGGGACACCUCAUCUCGGAGAGCACUUCUACAGACGGUUUCUACAUAGACGUUGGAACACAAACGCACAGUUUCCCGUCCGCUCCCUUCAGAGCGGAUGCCUCUUUAACAGAUCUGAUUGCAAACAAACAUCCCGGCCUCCAUGUCAGUGUCGAAACUGAAUCAGUCACCAGGAGACACAACAGAAGAAGUUCCGCCUUUAGUUAUGAAUGCGGUCAAUUCUUCCGCCGCGAUGAGUUCCCGUCUCACGUCAGGAACGCUCACUGCGACAUCCAGGCCCAGUUGAACGGCUGGUUCCAGCAGCGCUGCCCCUUGGCAUACCUCGGCUGCACUCACACCCAGAUGAGGUUUCACCCCGCAGGUCAACAAGCCACCAUCACGUUUAAGAAAGAUGCCAGCGCCAUGGCGCUCCAGCCACUCGUCCCUUCAUCACUGCGGGAAAGUGAGAAAAAUCCUGGAGGAAGUGCUACGCCACAACUCGACAUCUUGAGCAGUCUGCCUUUGGAGAUCCUCCAGAACAUUGCUGCUCACCUCGACAGUUUCACGUUGUCUCAGCUGUCCCUGGUUUCCCAUCUGAUGAGGGACGUGUGCGGCAGUUUACUGCGGCAGAGGGGCAUGGUCUUCCUCCACUGGACAAAAAAGACAUAUUCUCAUGGAGGAACUUCCUGGAAAUGCCAUAAAAAAGUCUGGAGGUUCAGCUCUCUGUUUUCCUCGGUGGACCGCUGGAGCUUCACAGAUGUUCGCUCCAUGUCUGAUCACCUGCAAAGCUGCUCCUUCUACCAGAGGGAUGAGCGCAGGGAGCCGGUGGCCUUGCCCUGCCUCAGGGAGGUUACAGACAGAUGCAGAGAAGUCAAGCAUAGAAGAUAGUGGAAACGAAUAGGUUCUCCACAGCAAUAACAUCACUUUCUUUAGGCUUGUUGACGUGUGCUGUCAUUUCCCAUGAAAACCUAAGAAACGCAUGGGAUUUCUGCCAUGUUUUAAACUAAAAUACUACCUUUUUUGUUGCAACAAACGCUUGCUUUUUUAUUUUUCUGAGAAGAAAAUUAAUCUUGAGGGUUUGCUGUAAUAUGCCUUUGUUUACUGUCAUGUCAGUCCCUGGCAGUAUGGUGGCCCUGAAGUGAAAAAUCACACCAAUAAAUCACUCAUUCCAAAAUAAUAAUAAAAAAUAAUAAUAAUGAAAAAAAAGGAUUACAUUAAAAAAACAACGUAAUUCUCAAAAAAUGAAAUGAAAUAAAAACAAAACAUUUUGGAAAACAAAAUGUAAAUUCCAGAAAUCAAAAUGAAAUGUUAAAGAAACACAAAUAUAUGAAAAAGGUUGGAACUGUUGGACAUGGCUGAUUGGAGGAUGAUGAUGAUGACGCACCUUAACCCCUUGUGCUAUCUUAGAUGACCCCACCCUUACAUUGACGUGUUCCCCCUACCAUGACAAAGGUGGAUAAAGG